AUGAUUUUCGAAGACAAUUUUAUCCAGAAUGGCGACGACUGCCUUACUGUCGGAAGUGGCGCGUCUAAUAUUACCUUCAGGAACACCUAUUGUGAAGGCGGGCAUGGACUUUCGAUUGGGUCCCUCGGAAAGGCUGGUCAAGUCGCCAAUGUUCAAAACGUCCUUAUUGAGAAUAUCCAGAUGAAAAACAGCUUAUAUGGCGCUCGAUUCAAGAGCUGGGCAGGCGGCAAUGGUCUCGCUCGAAACAUUACAUGGAGGAACAUCGCCUUCGUCGACGUUCCGUUCCCCAUCUACGUGACACAAAACUAUUGGGAUCCAGGCGCCGGUCCAAAACCUAACUCUACAAGCAGCAACAACACCCAUAUUCAAGACUUCAUGUUCGAAAAUUUCACAGGCAUUAUAAAAGAGUAUCUUCCAUCCAUUAGCUCCGCUUUUCAUCCAUCCUGA